CCUCAACCUAUACGUCACCGUCUCCACGGGCCUCUCUAUCUCUCUAUCUCUCUCUCUCUCUCUCUCUUUCUACCUUGCCCGCGUCUCAUAAGGUGGCCAAGCAUUCCAUCCAAGUCCCAUAUCGAGACGUUUGUUGUAACCUCGCAUACAUACACACUCCCACCGCGGCAUCAGACCAUCUCCAGAGCUGCGUCUCCAUGGAGCAACACGACUACGGGCGACCUCCCGUCGUCCCCUCGGCCGCAACCUCCAGCGCGCCAACGCCUCUCCGGCCUGGGACUCCCAACACGGAUGCCAGCCGCAAUCUCUAUGACAACACCGACUCGGGCUCAAACGUCCCGGGAACCGGCACAAACCCCUUCGUGAGCCCGGACGCUUCACGGCCAGCUUCCAGCUUCGAGUCCUCCAGCGGAAGCCCUUACGAAGAGCCCGCCGAAGCCCCUGGCGGCCAGCGCUAUUUCCACUCGCGGCUCGUCAAGAAGGGCGAGAUUGAAAAGCCCUGGUUGAACAAGGUCGAUCCCAAGGAGAAAUGGGUCACGAUCCUGCCUCUCCUCGGCAUUCUCCUGGGCCUCUGCAUUUCCGGCUUCUUAGUCUGGGACGGCAUGCGGAGUGUCGUCAAGCACAAGUACUGUCCAGUCCUGGAUGAAGACUUUAGCAGCGGUCUUGAUCCCAGCAUCUGGACCAAAGAGGUCCAGGUGGGCGGCUUUGGCAACGGCGAGUUUGAACAGACGACUAGCGGCGAUGGAAACGUCUUCAUCGGCGACAAUGGCCAUCUUAUGAUCAAGGCGACGCUACAAGAUGCCAACCUGGUUGAGAAGAACAACGUCAUCAACCUGCUCAAGGACGGCACUUGCACCUCCAAAGACUACUAUAGCUGCGUUGCUGCCACCAACACCACCGCCGGCAACUCUACCAUUGUUCCCCCGACCCUCUCUGGCCGCAUCAACACCAAGAAGGGCGCAACGAUCAAGUAUGGCCGCGUCGAAGUCACUGCGAAGCUGCCCGUGGGUGACUGGCUGUGGCCCGCCAUCUGGAUGCUGCCCGUCAAGGACACCUACGGCCCCUGGCCUUCGUCUGGCGAGAUUGACAUCAUGGAGUCGCGCGGCAACAACCACACAUAUGCGCAGGGCGGCAACAACAUUGCUUCGUCGGCCCUGCACUGGGGCCCUGAUCCGGCCAAUGAUGCUUGGUGGAAGACGAACAACAAGCGAAAGUCGCUGCACACCACUUACAGCGCGGGCUUCAACACGUUCGGCCUCGAGUGGUCGCAAAAGUACCUCUUCACCUACGUCAACAGCCGGCUGCUGCAAGUCACCUAUACCAACUUCAACAAGCCCAUGUGGAAGCGCGGCGGCUUUCCCGACUCCACGUCCAAUGGCACGCGGUUGGUGGACAUCUGGAGCCAGACGGGCCGCGACAACACGCCCUUUGACCAGGAAUUCUAUCUCAUUCUGAAUCUUGCUGUCGGCGGCACAAACGGCUGGUUUGAGGACGGCAGGUCCGGCAAGCCUUGGUUGGACCACUCCCCCAAUGCCAAGAAGGACUUUUGGGAGGCUCGUGACACAUGGUACCCUACUUGGACCCAGCCUCAGCUCGAGGUCAGCCGCGUUCUCAUUACCCAACAGUGUGAUGGUAACGAGGAGUUGUAAGCCAAGAGCCCCCAAUGCUACUUGUUGCUGUACACAUGAGGUACUGUCGCAUCACGGGCAAAGAUUCUCGUUCUCAUUCAUCUUUAUGUUGGGUUGCCUUUCUUUCUGCAAAAGCACUAGGUAUAUGUGGGCAAAGUGUUUAGGUGGAAAUUGCAUAAUGUUGUCAGGUAAUUUGGAUUGGAUGAUAUAUAUUGGCUACUAGAUGCGCUUGACAAAGCCAAACGGCGUUUUAUUGGAUAUAUACACUGAAUACAUGUUAUUUCUGAA